UUGACAAGAUCCAACGGUCCAAACCACACCUCACAAUAUAGAAUCGUCAAACAAAAAUUAAUAUUUAGGGUUUUCUCUUUCUUCGCUCAAUUUGAAGACUCUGGAAUACUCCACAGGCGGAAAUUUCCUUCAUUUUCCUCUUCUCAUUUGCUCGGGAAACAAUCAUGGGGAAAGGUCCUGGCCUCUACACUGAUAUUGGCAAGAAAGCCAGAGAUCUUCUUUACAAGGAUUACCAGGGCGACCAUAAGUUCACCGUCACUACCUACACUUCAACUGGAGUCGCAAUCACUUCAACUGGAAUUAAGAAAGGUGAGAUUUAUUUGGGGGAUAUAACCAGCCAGCUGAAGAACAAGAAUAUCACAACUGAUAUUAAAGUUGAUACUAGCUCUAAUGUUUCCACAACCAUCACCGUGGAUGAGCCUGCUCCUGGACUCAAGACGAUCUUUAGCUUCAAAAUUCCUGAUCAGAGAUCUGGCAAGGUGGAACUCCAGUACCAGCAUGAGCAUGCAGGGAUAAGCACUAGCAUUGGGUUGACUGCAAACCCCAUUGUUAACUUCUCAGGUGUGAUUGGGAGCAGUGCUGUUGCUCUUGGGACUGAUCUCUCAUUUGAUACUGCCAGUGGGAACUUCACCAAAUUGAAUGCAGGAUUGAGUUAUAGCAACGCUGACCUCAUUGCUUCCUUGACAUUGAAUGACAAAGGGGAUACUCUUAAUGCUUCCUAUUACCACAUUGUGAGCCCACUGACCAACACAGCUGUUGGUGCAGAGCUGACCCAUAGUUUCUCAAGCAAUGAGAAUACACUGACUUUUGGCACACAGCAUGCACUUGACCCCUUGACCACAGUGAAGGCUCGGGUGAACAGCUAUGGCAAAGCAAGUGCUCUCAUCCAGCAUGAAUGGCGCCCCAAGUCUCUUUUCACCAUCUCUGGAGAAGUAGACACAAGGGCAAUUGAAAAGAGUGCUAAGAUUGGCUUGGCUUUGGCACUGAAGCCAUAGAUUAAGUAAACUUUCAUUUUGGGUGACUGGAAGAUUGAGGAGAGCAAUAAUGUGAGGAAAAAUGGCAUCCCUUUUUUGGUUACAUUUUUUUCUAGUUACAUCCUUUGGUUUUAAAUGAAUAUCCUAUCUGUUUCUGCGGUUAUAUUUGGUCUCACUACUUUGGUGCUGAAGAGUGUAGAAAAUAAUUGUAGUUGGUGGAACGAACCAUCUUUAAUUUGUUCUCUUAGAUUUUGCUUCUGGCCUUGAUAGAGGGUAUACAUGCCUUCAGUAAAUUAUUGCACAUGAUAUAUUUUUUCCCCA